AUGCUUUUGUUUUCAAGUGUGGCGAAUCGCAUUUUAUCCUCUUCACCUCCUUUUGAGUCUGCAUGGGAUGGAUCUCUCUCAUGGCUAGCCAGAAUGGUUUAUGGUUUACAGUCCCGGCGCUCCCUAGGGAAACAGCGGGACAUCAAAACCAGAGAUGUGCCUCUGUCUUCACUUAUACCAAGCCAUCUUGCAUCUCAUUUAGCCGCAGACACAAGUGGCGAAUAUGGAAUUGACCGGGAAACCUUCUCACAGCUCCGGCGGGAAAUUCUUAGCCAGAGCGAAGAGGGCGAAGCAAACACCAAUGAUAACAUCAAUGAUAUCUACAAUCUAAUAUGUGUGGUGGUAAGAGCCGGGUUUGAACAAUCUUCAAAGCCCCGGGGUCCCAGGGCUUUGGGAGAUGAUAUUAUAGGCCAAAUCCUUGACUGUCUAGAUAUCAUUCGUCUGGCCGUACAGAGAGCACCAGCAGUUCUAAAUGGAAGUGCAAAACCAGAAUUUAUCAAAGAAAAUACUCUGCAAUUGCCCUUGUUCGUAUGGGUCCUGUCAUCUCUCCUGACUCUCCUUUGCUCUCGGGACGAUCGAAGUAUACAGGACAAAGUAUGCCAGGUUGUCUCAGUCAUAUAUGGCACUCAGUUCAAAACCAUUCGCCUUUGGUACUCGGUUAAAUCAAUAUCUCGAUUUCUCCAGGCCUGCAUUGGUGUGCCCACUGUUGAAUUUUUAUCCUGUCUGGAUGAGCUUGGCCUUCCCCGCGAUUGCUGCGGUAAAAUCGAGCUAGGAAAUUCACAAACUGUUGCCAUUGCUUGCCUUAGACUCAUAGAGACUAUCACGUUCCCAGUCGAGCUUCCCUUAACCGAUUCAAAAGCCUCCUUAUUGCGUGAAAGCUUUAACCAUGGUUUGCAUUUUGCUGUAAGGCUGUGGAAAGCAAUUUUCGAAUGGUUUGAUGAGAAUACAGUGGCUGUAGGCGAACAAAGUCUCACAAGCCUUCUGGUCGAGUUUGUCUCGUUUUCCAGAAAAUUAUGCUCAUAUUCGACUCGGCUUAGUUCACGCAUCGAUCAGAAGGUGUUGCUGCCAUUAUUUCAAUGUGUCGUCGAUCUUGUGGACCCUGAGCAAUUAAAGCGAAGCAUUGAAUUACAACAGGUUCUGGCUGAAUUCCUGAUGGAAGUAAUUCGUCUAAGCCAAUCGUCAGCAGGGGUGGAAAGCUUGGUCGAGGAGCUGUUUUUCUAUCCCUUAUCCGACAUUGGUGCUAAUAUAGACUUCUUUCAAACACUGCAUCAAUCACUCCAACAUGUUGUUCUUAGAGUCGUCGCCGGAGAGCAUAGAACAAAGAUUGGGUUGAAGGUAGUCCAGCGUGUUGGCUUAUUUGAUAAAGAUAGAGGGUCAACUUCUCGCUCAUAUAUCCUUGACAGGAAGGAUUCCUCCAUUCCCGCGGUGAUUGAUGCCUCUACAGAUGAAAGAGCCUCAAAGAGGCCGCGACUGUCCCAUACAGAAGACCAGAACGGCCACUCAGAUCUCUCGAGUGUUAUCUCAAAUAAAAUAUACAGUACCCUUGGGGUCUUUCCUCCAAAUGGCCUUGAAGAUUUAGAUGAAGAUGCUAUUGAGAUGGAGAAGUGCCAUGCAAAGAAACCGAUAUCCCCUCUUCAGUUUGGCCAUCUUAGGAGCAUUAUUGCCGGAAUUCUGCCACGAAUCGAGGAUUCAGGAAGCUGCAGAAUAUCUGCGAUGAUCGCUAUUCGCAACAUUGUUAACCAUGAUUUGCGUGAUACCGAAGACAGGCUAGAUAUUUCUCUAUUUGGAGAAUAUUGUCUACGGUCUCUCAAAAGCUCUAUUCGAGAGUUAAGGGUUGCCGCCGGCAAUUUCAUUGUGGCUCUAGAGUACCUUCACAAAAUUUUUGAGAAGAAUGAGCUUUUCUUACAGGAAACAUGCGUUAUGGCUCUGCGUCAAAUAGCCGAGAUUUCAAAUGACGAAGAGAUGAACAUUGUGCUUCUACGGUUACUUGAAUAUUUAGGUCAUGCUAACCCAUUCGUCAGUGGGAUAGCAUAUACAGAGAUAUCUAAACUGGCAACUCUGUUGAGGUUGACACCUGCAGCACUCUUUCGGCCAUAUUGGAGAACACUAUCUCUGUUGGUCAUAAAAAAUUUCCAAGCUCGGCCACAAAUGGCGGAUCAAUUGUGUGAUUUACUCGGGAUGGAGGUUAAUGGGUUCUUACGCUUGACAACGUCUUACACCUUGCCCUAUCUCGUUCUGACCAGAAAAAAAGAUAUCAUCUCACGAAUUGCCAUGACACACAGCAAGAAGUCUAUCUCAGAAUUAAUCAAGACCCGGUCGCAUCUGGCCUCAAUUCUAGCUCUUUUGUUGGUCCAGCCUCUGCCUAACCCAGAAGCUGCAAUACCGUGUAUACUCCAAGAGCUUUCUGUGAAAUUCAACGACCCAACUCUUUCUAAGCUGGUUCGAUCUGAGUGUGUCCCAAUUACCUUUGAAAAAUCAGAGAAUCUAAGUGUAUUCCUUGAAGAGCACGUUCUUGGAGUGGUAACAGAGUUUGUCCAUGUUAUCAACGACUUUCAGGUUUUGCAGCCAAUUCCAGAGAAGAAACGGGAUAUAAUCGCCUUGGGGGAGAUGAUAAAAAUUGCCAAGGGCAAUAUUGGAAUUGCAUUACCACAGAUUUGUGCCUGCUUGCGCGCUGCGUUAGACACAGAUGACCUUCGUGACCUUGCAUUUGCUACCUGGAACACUAUGAUACUUGCUCUCAAUGAGGUUGAUCUUGAGCCAUUAGUUGAUCAAACCUUCGCUCUCAUUCUUAAAUACUGGGAGUUCUUAACGGAAGAGACCAAAAAGAAAGAAAUCGAGCUUGUGAAUUACAUUCUCAGGGACAAUGGCGAUACCCUUAUUGCUGUUUUUGAGACUCUACCGUCUCUAGAAUCAAUACCUGAACUGUCUGAGCAAAACAAAAAGAUCGAGCACCUCAAACAGGUGAUGGAUAUAGGGAGUAAAUUCAUGGCUCUUUGCCGGCGAUGUCAAAGCGAUAAUUUUGCUGUUGUCGAGCGAGCUCUUGUUGAGCUUCUGCCAAACAUCGCUAAUCACGAAGAGUUCAUACAUGGCUCUGUGUUUAGUGAACAACCGGACAAAAGCCUGGUUGGAAAAGUGACAAGAACCUUGUUGGAUUGCUGCGUCAAGUAUAAUCCAAGCUCCCCAACCAUAGUCCUACUAUCCGCCCAGUGCCUCGGUCUAAUAGGCUGCCUUGAUCCCAAUCGCAUAGAGUCGAUCAAAGAGAAAAAGGAUAUAGUUGUCUUGUCCAAUUUUGAGAGAUCCGAUGAAACCCUUGACUUCAUAAUAUUUUGUCUGCAAAACGUUCUUGUUGAUGCUUUUUUGGCAGCGUCCAACAGUCGAACUCAAGGCUUUCUUGCGUAUGCUAUGCAGGCACUCUUGACUACUGGUAACAUAAGCACAGCUAUUCCGCCAAGGUCACAAGAUCCCCAGUCCAGCGACUUGUAUCGACGCUGGCUAGAACUUCCCGAGCUCUCUAGAAACACCCUAACCCCGUUUCUCAACUCCAAGUACUCUGUGACGAUCGGUGCAAUCAGUACAUCAUGUCAAUAUCCCUUAUUUACCCCCGCUCUAAACCACUCAGAGUGGCUUAGGACCUUUGUCCUUGACAUGCUUCAAAAAGGCAAAAGCAGAAAUAUCCAAAUACUUUUCAGUGUUUUCAGUCGGAUUAUUCGAACCCAGGAAAAAUCUAUAUCUGUGUUCUUGCUCCCUUUCGCCGCUCUUAAUGUUGCGGUUAGUGCUAUCGACGAAGAGCGUGAGCAUCUCAAGGGGGAGCUUACCAACAUCUUAGAAUGCCCACUGCCAGACCACAAGGGACCUGAGCGCGAGAACCUGAUUUUAUUUAGCGAGAGCGUGUUUGCUGUUUUAGACUACCUCUCUCGUUGGUUGCAUGGAAAGAAGAAGGAGUAUACUAGCAUCACCUCUAUUGGGAAUAACGCCAGCCGUAGUCAAAAAGAGUCCCUCACGGAGUCUGCUGUCCAGAUAAAGAGGGUGGAGCAUCUUCUAUCCUGCAUACCAGCUGAGAUAAUUUCCAAACGGGCAGUUGAAUGUAAGUCAUAUGCUAGGGCGCUCUUCCAUUGGGAGCAGUACAUACGCCAGCAGAAGUCUCGACCAGAAACAGAUGCCAUGGAGCUGGAAUCACUUUAUCAAAGACUACAAGAUAUUUAUACCCAGAUUGAUGAGCCAGACGGGAUUGAAGGCAUAUCAUCACACUUGCAUGUCCUUGAUCUUGACCAACAAAUAUUGGAACAUCGAAACUCAGGCCGAUGGACUGCAGCGCAGAGCUGGUAUGAGUUGCAAUUAAAUAAGUCACCGAAGGACCUCGAUACCCAGAUAAAUCUUCUAACAUGCUUGAAGGAAUCUGGACAAUACGGUAUACUUCUCAACCAAUUUGACUCCUUGAAGAAGAAUGAGGCUAUUAUACCGAAGAUGCUCCCUUUGGCAAUCGAAUCCUCCUGGGUGACAGGGAAAUGGGGGAAGCUUGAGAAGCUCACCUUAGACCGCCGUGAUGAGAUCACCACCGACUUCAACAUCGGCGUCGGUGUUGGCCUGGUUGCAUUUCGCCAGGGGAAGAAAGACGAGCUAGAAAAAAUUAUAGAGGAGCUCCGGAUGAAUGUUGCAUCAGGAUUCACUUUGAACUCCGUGUCAACAUUCCAGGCUAGUCACGAUGGCACCCUUAAGCUGCACGUCUUGAGUGAAAUAGAGCUCCUGACCUCAGGUUCUUAUGACAACCCUUCUACUCCACGGAAUGAGCUUUUUACCAUAUUGGAUCGUCGUUUAGACAUGUUAGGAGGCUGUAUUUUUGACAAACAGUAUGUCCUUGGGAUUAGACAAGCUAUCAUGGAUUUGUCCCCUGCAUACGAUGACUUAGAAGUUGCUUCUGUUUGGCAGCGGAUUGCGAGGCUGGCGAGGAAAGCAAACUGGAAAGACCAAGCUUUUAAUGCAGUCCUACAUUCUGCCCAGCUUAACGACAAAAAUUCUACAAUUGAAUAUGCAAGACUUCUAUGGAAGGAGGGGCUUCAUAGGAAGGCUAUACAAACGCUAGAAGGAGCCAUUUCUGCCAAUGUCUUUGGUCCCACUGGUCGCUCUGGAACUAGUGAUAAUGACGCCUCUGUUCCCGCAAAAGGCUACGAGCAAAAUUUACUUAUGGCAAGGGCCUAUCUCCUACUUGCGAAAUGGAUGGAUAGUGCUGGACAGACGCAGUCAGAUUUCAUUGUCUCGAGAUACCGACAGGCUAUCCAUUACCAUCCGAAGUGGGAAAAGGUCCAUUAUUACUUAGGAAAGCAUUAUGCCAAAAUAUUGGACUCCGAAAAGUCCAAACCCUUGGGUAAAGAGGGUCAAAAAUACUUGAGCGGUGAAGCCUCGAAGUUGGUCAUUAACAGCUAUCUGAGAUCUCUAACCUUUGGGAAUAAGUAUGUUUCUCAAACACUGCCUAAGGUUCUUACGCUAUGGUUAGAACAUGCCUCAGCAGUCGACCAACCAUUUGACCCAAAACGAGGUGAUAAUGAGGAUUUCCAGAAGCACAACAUGUCGCAACGAAAAAAGAAUCUUGAUGAAAUGCACUCUCAACUUAAGAAAUAUAUCAGUCGCAUAUCUCCGGCAUUACAAGGCCUAUGGACUGUGCUUGCUCUUCUAAAGUCUUCUUCAAAAGAUCGUGCUUCCCGUGGAAUUACCAUACUUCAGAAAAUAACUGCAAAACCUGAAGAAGACUACUGCGUUGAAGAAGCACUCUCUCACAGCAUUUUAGGAGUCCGCCAGGAAAUCAAGAACAGAGCCCCCAGCGGGAGAUAUUCGGUUGAUCAUUAA